AGAAGAUGAACCGGCGUGCACUUGAGGGACGCGAGAAGGUUCUCGGACCAGACCACCCCAACACCCUAUCAAGCCUCAACAAUCUAGCUAUCGUGCUGCAAUAUCAAAGAAAGUUCAUUGAAUCAGAGACCAUGCAUCGGCGUGCACUGGAGGGACGCAAGAAGGUUCUCGGCCUAGACCACCCCGACACCUUAAACAGCCUCAAAAACCUGGCUAUUGUGCUGGAAUCCCAAGGAAA